AUGGGUUUGGAGAGCGUUGGUGGGCUGGCGAUGCACAUAAUCCUCUCCAAAUUGGGGCCACUGGAGGCCGCCUCGAUUUCCUGCCUCAACCAGCGCUUCCGGGUUUGGGCCUCCGAAGAUUCCCUUUGGGCCCAAUUCUGCUCCCACGAUCUCGAUCUCUCUUCUCCGCUCGAUCCCAACGGCAAUACAGCACCUUCUUUCAAGGCAGCAUAUCAAUCAUGGAGAGAAGAAUUCACUUUGUACCCCUGGCCACUUGUCCUACGUGCUAAAAGGUGCUGGGGCAGACUCAAGGACUGGUUAGCUACCAACUUCCCGGAGGUUUUACCGACUCUGCGCCCAGGCGCUUCUGAAGACGAGAUUGAUGAGUUCGAGAAGUCUAUGAAAGUAAAAUUGCCUCUUCCUACUCGUGUCCUGUACCGACUUUGCGAUGGUCAAGAGCUACCGGGUGAACACUUUAGUGGAGGCUUACCUUCGAGCCUAUUGGGUAUCAUUGGUGGCUACACACUGUAUGAUCACCUUGUGAAUGUGUUCUUGCUACCCUUGAGGCAAGUUAUGAUCGACACUCGGAGCAUUAUGCCUCAGCUCGGGUCAAGAUAUAAGUAUGUUGUAGUGGCGGCCUCUGCUACUUACAGCGAGAAGAUAUUCCUUUUCGACUGCAGCAGUGGGCAGCUGUUUGUGGGCACGAGAAAUCUUGUGACGGAGGGAGAAAUGCUGCCUUGUGUGCCUGAGGCGUUAAUAAAUUGUGCGCGUGAUACUGAAGGCGAUCAGCAGCAAGAUGCAAUGCUGUUGUGGCUUGAAGAGCAUGGCCGUCGCUUACAGAAUGGAAUCAUUAAAGUACGCAAAGAGGGAAAAAUCAGAAGCAUUAAUCUGUUCCCUGAGCUGCCACCUCUCUGCACUUCCGCUGUGACGAAUGGGGUUAAGGUUCGUGCUUCUGCUGCAUUUGUGCCUGAGUUCAGUAACCUUCAGGAUGAGUCAGAGAGGUUUUUGUUUGCUUAUUCAAUUCGCCUGUCACUUUCUCCUGAUGGUUGCAUCAUCAAUGGACUAACAUUCAGCUCGUGCCAAUUACAUUGGAGGCACUGGAUUAUACGCUCUCGUGAUGUUGUUGUUUCUGAUAUAAAUGGAGAAGCUGUGAUAGGAAAGUUUCCACUACUACGUCCUGGUGAAGAAGAGUUUGUCUACGAGAGUUGUACACCUUUAUCGGCACCCCAAGGAUCUAUUGAAGGCUCUUUUACUUUUGUUCCUGGAAGGUUAGUAGAUCCAAAGGGUGACCCAUUUGCAGUUGAAGUGGCUUGCUUUCCCCUACAGCUGCCCGACUACAUUUUCUGA